CUCCUUAUAAGGAAGUUCGUUUGACAAUUAGCUUGAUUGAUUUGCCUCUAAUUGUAUUUAAUUUAGACAACAUUUGAUUUGGGUUCGGAAUUAUAUUUUUUUUCUCGUGUGAAAACGAUCGCAUCUCCAUAUAAAAUUAUAUUAAUAUUUUAUGACAUUAUGGUGGAAAUAAGACUGUCUGACUUUGUCUUUUUUGUCGUUCACUUAGAUAUAGAGCAUUAAGAUCGUGCAUACAUGUUGAAAUUCAGCUGGUUUUAAGACAAAAAUAGUUUUCCUCCCCUCCGUUAUUGUCUAAUUUUUGUGCGGUGGAUCAAACAAAAUUGUUCAUUUUUUUUUAUCAAUGUAGUAUGCUUGAUCUGAAUGUACCGAAUCAGAACGUACAGGCGUGGUUGGAUCUGAAAUGUUUAGUAUUUGGUCUGAUUCCCACUCUGUAUUGCAUCCUAUCGAUUUGGAUCGUAAAUUGUAUAUAUAAUCUGGUCUGGAUCAGACCAUACUGUUUCUCGACCCUACCUUAUAUACGGAUAUGUACAAGUGACAAUUUCCAAUCCAAUCCAAUUCAUCCACUAAAAUAUCCAAUUACUACGAUCCAUUUUGAAUCAAAUCCAUUUGGUUAGGUGGAUUCAUGGAUAUUUGGUAAGUUACAGUUUAAUACCGAUAAUUCACAUUCUGAUAUUUAAAAUUAAAAUUUUUAACAUAAAAUAUUGAAAUUUUACAUUUUGGUAUUCAAAGUGUUCGAAUAUUAUAUUUUAGUAUUUAAACGUUUUAAAAAUUUACAUAUUGAUCUAAUAUUUAGAUGUUACUUAGAUCCAUGAUCUAAUCCACCAAUCUAAAAAUUCAAUUCAUUUGCCACAUUUGUGAAUUCCAUUGACACUAGACUCUAGUGAAAUAUUAAGCGGAGGGGUAUCAAGAUUUGUUGAAAAUGAUAAAAGUGAUAAAGUAUUAGGGUAGGAAUGAAAAUGACAAAUUUUAGCAAAAUACGUGGACUAAAUAGGUAAUCAUGUCGUGGACCUAGAUGUUAACAAUAGAAGUAAGAGGACUAAAUAGGUAAUCAUGUCGUGGGAGGGAAGUGAAUCAGUCCGCUUUCUUUCUUGCAUUCUCGAGCCGGUCCGGGCGUCAACAGACUGACCCUCCCGUCCCGUCUCAAACCCUUGCCGCCGGUCGCCUCGAGUCCCGUCCAAGCUCCUCUCCGUUCUCCGGUAACCGUUGUGCUGCACCAUCGCCUUGUGCUGAUUCCUCUUUCCUCUAUUGCCUCGCUUCCCGCUCUGUUCCCAAGGGUUCUAAGGACUCGCGGAAACCUGCAUAAACAAGAUGUCAGAAAGAGACGGAAUAGGGUUGCACGAAGACAGUGAGGCCAUGGUGACAGAAUUAACUGGACUGGAAAUCACUGUUGGAGAGGCAAAGAAACGGAAAAGGAGUUCGAGCAUGGUGCGCCGUGAAGAUGAUGAUCGCCAGGUUUCCGUCGGGGAAAGACUCUACAAGAGAGUAUUGUUAUCAUUGGGCAAGCCAUCUUAUGUGCUUGGACUGUCCGCAAACAGCUUGCGACCUGACAACCGUAUCAAACUCAGAUUGAUCUUGAAGAAGUUGGUGAGGCAGCACGAUUGGGUAGCAGCAAGUGGAGUGCUGAGCGUGUUGUUGAACGGGACGCAAAAAGAGAGCUGUCCUGCUGCCAAUCGGUUCAAGUAUUGGGUCUUCAUGAAGCUUGUUCAGCAUAUGGAGGGUGAUUGUCUAAAUGCUACCAGUAUCGAUCGAGUGUUUAGUGCAUGGAUGUCAAGGAUAGGUAGUAAUGGAUCACAUCGAAGAAGGUCUGGUCCUAUGGAAGAGGAUCGUAUUGCUGUUCAAUUGGAGUCUAUCCUUUUGCAUUUUAGGCAAGGGGACGUUGAGGGGGAACUCAACAACGCUAAAAGCUUAGUGCAGGAGUACAAAUUUGAGAGUUACCCAAUGUUCAACAUGAUUAUUGGCAUGAUAUUUUAUCAGUUGUGGUACUCUAACAUUUCAGAAGACAUGCAACUCGAGGACUCGAAUCAAAUAUAUUGUACUAUCCCUUCAGACAUGGAAGCUUGCCAUCCGAAUUCCGUUGUAGCUUCAGGGUUUGUUAGUGACAUUGGUGGCUCUGAGGGAUGUAAUUCAGUUUUCAGUGAUGACGCUAAUGUAUCUUUAAAAUGUGGGUCAGAGACAUCCAUCAUGCAACAUAAACAAGUUUUUGCUGGCAAUGGUAUGAAUUUGGAUGAAGAAAAGAUUCAUACAGAAGAUGAUGUCAAUCAGUUCAGCAAAAGUUACCCUGGGGACUUCCAGCAUAGGGGCCUUUAUGCCAAUUCUGCUGAUGAGGUUUCCUCUGAUCAUCAUGGGGAAUUUGGCUUGCCUAUCCUUGGUAAUUGAUAUGCCUGAUAAAAAUACAUUUUCAUUGCCACAAUAUAUAUUCUCAGCUGCAGAUAAUUUGAUUGGAUUCAAAAUCUUGAAUUUGGUAACUUUUGGUCAAUAGGUUCCUAUAAUGUUUGUUAGGAUUCUGUCUUAGGUUACAAAUAUUUCUAUGAUUGGCUUCUAGAUAAUUUGAAUCCAUGUGAAAUAUCAGUCAUGCUAUAUCGUGAAAUUGUAACACGUAAAUGAAGCUUUUGGAGUACGGUUAUUUACUUGACAAAACACAUUACUAGAAAUUAAUCACCUUAACUACUCAGUAUAGUGGUAUAAAAAUGCAACUGAUACAGAAACUGAAUCGAGUUGUGUGAAAGCCUUCUACUUGAAGUUGUGAAUGCUUGUAUAUUCUUCAUUGAUAUUGUCGUGGUUACGUUGGUGUUCUGAAGGGAAUCUGGAUCUUUGGUUGAGGCCAUUACAAGCUGAUGAUAGUGAGUUGGAUAAAGUCAUCCGGGAUGGUGAAUACAAUGAAGCUGUGAAGUAUUUAUCGAGAGCUGCAUCCUCAACUCCACCUAUACUGGCAGCCUUACUUCCUUUAGUUCAGGUACUGUUAUGUAAACUGUAUUGACCUUGUCACUGAAAUUUGAUUGUUUGAGGAAACAUUUGUUUUUUCUUCAGAUGUUCUAAAUCUAAAUUCAAAACAGAAACUAAUUUCUAUUAGUUUCAUUUUUGCUAGUUGUUGCUGAUAAGGUAUGACUGUAAAGAGGCUCUAGAUAUGCUGGAAAACUUCUGUGACAACUCAAGCGCCUCACUUCCCCAUAGGUAUUUUCUGGUAUUUCUGAAGAUUCUGACUUGCCUCUUAAAAAACAGGAACACCCGAAGAUGUAUUUUCUCUUUGAAAAAGAAAAAAAAAAGAUGUAUGUUCUCUUUAUAGGAACCGUGGCUAUUAUGUGUGCUAGGAUCUAGGGUAUGCUUUCCAUUACCAGUAGCAGUACUAGUGCACAAUUGUCUAUGCUUGCCAAUGUAGAUCCUUGAUACUUGUGGUAAAUAUUGAUUCUAUAAAAAUGCUUGUAGCUGCAAGCAAUGAAUCUUUGUAUGGUUCAAACUCUUUUCUUAUAUUAUAGGACAGAUACGAAAUGUCUCUCUUCUUUGUUUGCCGUUUAGCUCUCUGAUGAUCUAUUUCAAGUCAUGAAAAAGCUUAUUGCCUCUGUGCCACUCUGUUUGAACUGUGGGAUUUGUUGGCUAUUGUUGUUGUCUUUUCUUCUAAAAUCAUUAUCUAUUUUGGGAUUUUGAUAACAGACUGAAGUCCUCUAUCUUGGAGCGGAUUGAUCCGAACAAUGCUGUCUUGCUUUCAAGAUGUUAUGAGGACACAUUAAAGAGUGAUCCUACAUGUAACCAAUCAUUGGCAAAGCUUGUGAGCCUACAUCAUCAAGGUUUGUCAUUCAUGCUCUGUCGUGUUAGGGGAACAAACACACAUAUGCCAAUUUUUCAUGGUUUCCACUCUGUUGCAUUAUGCAUAGGAAUCUAUGACUCGGAAUCUCUACUGGAAAUGAUAGCUCUGCAUUUAGAAGCUGCAACCGGAGAAAAGACUACCUGGAAGGAGUUGGCUUUAUGCUUUCUCAGAGCGUCUCAACAAGAAGAGGAUCAAAUGUCGGGUAUCCAUGGAAAUGGGAGCGAAGUUCCGAAACAACUUUCCUUUAGUUUUUCUAGGGUUCCCAGUUUCCUUAUAACUGGUGUAUCCGGAAAGUCAUGGAGACUAAGAUGUAGAUGGUGGAUGAAUAGUCAUUUUAGCAAGAGCAUGCUUGCAACCGAAAUCAACGCAGGUAUAUUUGUUUCCGCAGUGCCCCAUAAGAAGUAAUUUUGCUUGACAUUUUGCAUGGCGCUUGAUCUGAAAACUUCCUCUUUUCACCUUUGCAGGUGAUGCGCAGAUCGUAGCUUACAAAGCAGCUUGCGCAUCUCAUAUGUACGGGAGUGAGGCCAAAUAUGUUGUCGAAGCUUUUUGUUAUGUAUGUAAACAGAGUGAUAGAGAGUCGAUUUUGUUCUUGAA